GCACAAAGUCAUAUUGUAAUAGGAAUUUCGCACACACAGUCAUUUCGCGACGUGCACAAUAAUUAUGUAUAUACUCGUAGCUAUCUCUCACAACUAAGUAGUACUCAGUUUCGUUGAAAUAGUUUGACUUUAGAAUUUAUGUAGCAAUGGCUGAAAAGAUUGAAAUAGAGAAAGCCUUUAGUUCUUCGCAGGACCUGAUAUGUCCGCUAUGUCUUGAUAUUUUUGAUGAACCAACGAUCCUGACGUGUGGACACACUUUCUGUCGAAAGUGUCUCAAGAAAUAUGAUCUGACCCACCAGGACAUUGACCACAUGGUCUGUCCUCUCUGCAGGGAGAUCACCAAGUUGUCUGCCAACCGUGUCGACGAUCUCCGCCUCAAUGUCUCCAUCAACGGAUGCGUAGACGAUUACAACGCCAAGUGUGGAGGGAUGAAUGGAGUCCUUGAGUUGCGUCCAAAAUGUACGGCUUGCAAGCUUCAGCAAGACGCUGUCUCCUUCUGCAGAACAUGUAAUAACUACAUAUGUGAUAAAUGUUUACAACCUCACCAGUACAUGAUCAUGUUUGAAGAUCACGAGAUUAUCUCCGUGGAGGAUGUCAUCGAAGGGAAGGUCAGCAUUGGUCAUCAAUUUGAGAAAUGCUCCAUCCACAAACAAGAGAACAAAGAUAUGUUUUGUGAUGAUUGCAAGGUCCGUGUCUGUCUCAGGUGCGUGGUCGUUGGUCAUAAGGUCCAUAACAUCAAGAACCAGUCUGACUUCGAGCAUGAGUUGAGGCGAAAGGUGACAGCCCUUGCCCAGCAAUGUGCAGCUAAGAAAGCUGAGAUGGAAAAGAACAUUCAGAAUAUAGAAUUACAGCGUCAUGAGGUACACACUGCCAUGCAGAAACUGCUAGAUGAUGUCAGCCAGGCGUACAGCAUCAAGGUUAAAGAGCUGGAAGGAAAUCUUCAAGAUCUCAUCGAGCAAAUAAAUGAAUUGAAGCGAAGUUUCGAGGAUGAUCUCAACAUCCUAAAAUCCAAGGAACGACAGAGGAUCAAGAGCAUUUGUAGUUCGAUUACAUUGGUAGAUAAUGACAGACUGGGUCAUCUUGAGACAGAUAGUCUUUCUGCUCAUAAUUUGAUAUGUGAUGAGCUAGGUGCCAUGCUGAAAGAGGUUACCGAUCGCACUACUGCGGAAGUUAUUACAAAGAAAGCACAGGAGAAGAGAUUGAAUCCUGGUGAUAAAUCUUGUCUUGACCUCGGCUGCAUCUCGGGAUCAGAUCCCAAGUUAGAAAUCAUGAAGUGUAUUGAUCUACGGGGACAAAUUAUUGGAAUGACAGCUUACACUCAUACCAGUGUGGCCAUCGUAUAUGGGGGUAAUGCACGAGGUAUUGAUAUCAUUGAUACAGCUGGUGGAACGGAGCGGUAUACAAACAUACCACAUGACGUGGGUUAUGAAGAUAUUGGGAUUCAACGAGACGGUGCAUCAUGUGUCUCGACUGGUCGUACAGAAGCACACGUGUAUUCUCCCGAUGGCUCCAGGAAAGCAACAAUCAACGUGAGUGGGACUGGUUAUUAUCUCACACUGAACAGAAGUCCAUCAAAUGAGAUCCUCAUUGCUAACGCUGCCAACAAAGUCUACAUCUAUGACCCGACUGGAUCUACUCUCAAACACACUGUUCCAACAAAGCACAGGACAUGGCAGGUAUCAUCCACCAGGUUGGGUUUGAUCGUCACCAGUUCAUGUUAUUUCACCAAUCCAAGCGUGGUGACAGUCUAUGACAGGGAUGGGAAUGCUGGUGAGUCUCUACAAGCUCCACAGGAUGUCUACCUGUAUGCUGCCGUGGAUGAGCAGGACAGGGUGUAUAUAGCGAGUGUUGAUAAGAAGAAUAGGAAGGUGGUGAUCAGGCUCUAUGAUCUUGAUGGUCUGAACCUGAAGGAAAGGAUUGAGUUUAAUGCACUUGAUAUGACAUUGGGCUGGGAUUGGUGUUACUUGGUUUCCCUCUCUCCGGACCUACUCGCCUUUGCUUCUGGCAAGAAGUUAUAUUUCAUUAAGGUAUUGCUGUAAUAAAGAGUAUCUCACUAGUGUGUAUAACAUGAACUAUUACUUUUUAUGCGAUUAUUUAUAGUGUAUCUGAAAUGAGAAUCCAAUAUGUUUGUAAACACCUUUCUGAAUUUGUUUACAUUUUCUGAUGUGCAUAUACACAUAACUUUAAACACGAAUCGAAAAAACGUUCAUACACAUAAAAUAAUUUCAUGAAUGUAACUCGAGUAUCAAAAAGACCAUCAUUUUUAAUUAUUUCUUGAAUCUGAAUUAACCACACAGAAAAAGAAAUGGCACGUUGUUUAAGCCUGUCACUCUAAUAACAAGUUGUUUCAGGCUUUCUUUGUAAUUUUUUAAACAUUUUAAACAACUAGUUUUUAAGUUGUUUUAAAAAUAAACAGAUGCUUAAAGAGUUUAACAGUAGUUGUUAGAGUGACGGGCUUAAACAAAGUGCUUGAAAUCUUAAAUAGCGUUUUCAGUGUAUUGCUGUUUUUGUCAUUCAACUCGUGUAAUUAACAUGAUUAAGCUACAGCGUUUAAUAUUUUGGGGUCUCUGUUAUAGAGAAUUAGAUGAAAGACUAAUAUAUUAAACGAACUUUAUAUUUUGUGAGUGUCAAGAUUUGUCUUUUGGAAAUUGUGUACAAUCGAUUAGCUGUUUUGUUGCAAGCCAGUCUAUAUUAGUUGUGGAUAUACGUAAAUGAUCUCGAAAUCUUAGAUUUUUCUGCCCAGUCUAUAUGAUGUGAAGGAAUUAAAGGCCUAAUAAUCACGGAUAUCAGCUAAAUUCUUUCCGAUUCGACCAUAAACCCAUUAAUCUGAAUAGGGCUAUAUUUCUAUUUAUGUGGAAUGUAUAGUCAUCACAAGCCGAUUCCUACAUAAUUUUCUUUUUAUGAAAUAUGACUUACAGGAACAUUAUUAUAUUUAUUUUAUAAUAAAACGCCUUACUGAAUGAUAGUAUGUUAUAAACAGCCACUAGAAAUUCUACGAUAUUAACAUAUCCAAAUUUCACGAGGGGCAUCAUUAUGGUUCAAAUAACCUGGUUUGGUUUGCUGUUGUUGUUUUGCCUUUAUUCAGAAUUCAGUACAUCAUAAUAUAACAAGGGAUAAGUACUUAAGAACUUAAUAUUUUCAUACAUUGCACAUGAUGAUACGUUUUUUUUAUGUUAGAUUGAAAAAUCAAUGAAAAAGACGGUGGCUUGUAGAGUUUCCAGAAGAAGAAGAUCAUAAUUUUCAUGAAAUCAAAUAAUUUAAUCAAAGAAUCAUAAAAAAGAAUAUUUUGAGCAUCAUUGAAAUCAAUGAAAAUCAAGAUGAUUUGAAUAAAGGUUUUCUUAUAAAACAUAAGAAAAUGUGAAUGGGUUACAUCAUGCCAAUAUAGCACGGUGUAUUUUAUUAAAAUUUCUUAAUAUAAAAAUGAUGAAUAUCGGACUACGUGUUUAUUGCCGUUUGUUUCAUAACGCCCUCUUUCGAGAGAAUCCGGACAUGCUCUACGAACAACGUGAGAAUCAUAGAGAUGGGUAUUUUUCCCACCUCUCUGAUGAGAAAGUAUCUCUUGGAAACGGAUUCUAUCCAAAAAUUAAAAGAUUAUACAUUAAAAUAUAUUUUCUUGAGACUUGAGAAAACCAAUUAUAAUAUUUUUUGCUUUAGAAUAGUUUUUGAAAAGAAAACAAACACAAAAGCACAUAGUUGUCCAGC